AUGGAAUCCCUUCUUAGAUGGUCCAUUGAACACUCUGGCCCUUCUGCUGGCCCUCCCCAGCCACGAACAGACCUCGAUCCUGGUAUCAUCGACGUGAUCCUCGGCAAGUCGGAUGCUGAGCUCAUGAAGGAGGACCUGGCAGUAGCCAUAGAUCCACACCGCUCAGAGGAUGCACGGGUAGAGGCCCUGGAUCACCUAGAGAUGCUAAUAGAACAAAUCGACAAUGCCAACAAUCUUGAAAAACUGAAAAUGUGGGCACCACUGCAUUCGCUGCUCACCUCUCCCGACUCGACGGACGUGAUCGUCAUGCAGACGCUCUGGGUCAUCGGUACUGCUCUCCAAAAUAAUCCUGCAGCCCAGGAAACAUACCUCUCAUCCAACCCUCUCCCGACCUUGACCGCCUUCCUCCUCUCUACAGCCCUCUCAGGUCUCCUGAAGCACAACGCCCCUGCAGUCGCAGCACUCGACCAGGAAGGAUGGCUCAGGCCUGUCUUUUUGUUGAAUACCCUCCUCACUCCUAAUGAGACGACCGUUCAAAGAGGGCCUAUCCACCCGAAUUCUCAUGCUGCGAACCUUGUGGAUCCCGGAAGGGCAGAGACGUCCUCUGUGGAGCAGGGGAUCUUGGCGGAUGUCGUUGGGGCACUUGUUGACCCUCUGCCGUAUGGCGAGGAUGGAGACGUCUUGGAGCCCGACAGUCGAUUUCGAGGAGAAGAGUAUACGGCUCCUCUGGACCUAUAUCGUCGCCUGUAA